GUCUUAACACUAUUAAUAUCACUCCUAAGGUUCUCCCCCAAAAAGAAGUUUUCUGCUUUCCUUAAGAAUCGAGCCCACAUUAGGAAUUUCUAGACAAGCUUUCAAUCUACCCUUUUAUCACUUGACUAUGCCCCUAGAGACUAGUGCUUGUUUUUUUUUAUGACGAGUAUAGUGAACCAUACACAUAUACGAUCACCCACAAAACUAACCUCCCCCAAUCUUCUGCCUGUUCUCUUGUCGUUCAAUGAUAGGGGCCAUGUUAGGCUAAUGGCUGCUUUUUUUCACUGAGGACAACAGGACUUGAAAAUCCUAUAAUUCUGGCCACCCCACACUGCCUAAAUUUGCUAGUGGAAGCUUCACUAGGCUAGUAGUGUCUAAUGUAUUGGGUUCAUUGGAGACGCCCAUUUUCUGAGAUAGGGUCUAGGGGUUGUUUGGAGUAUUUGGCUGUCAACCCUAUUAGUUUAAUCAUACAACAUAUAAAUUAAUAGACUGCUUGAACCUUGAAACGCGAAAAUUUUGGGUUUAAAAUAGGGAACCAAACACGGUCUCCCACAUGAAGCAUGUGUAUUAAGAUUAGUCAAUUAAAAUCCUAAGCUUUGAGAGCUUAAUCCAAGAAAUUACUUUGUUCGAGCUUAGUUAAAAUAUUCCGGUGACGGUGGCUUGCCCGGCACCCUAGGAGAUCGCAUGGGCCUGUGGCUGUAGGGUGGGGUGAGUUGAGCUAGGGUUAGGGGCUUGCAAUGGCCCUAACAAGAUCCUAAUUCAAUGUGAUUAAUAAGUCUCAAAGCACAAAAUCUACAUUAAUCCAACCAAAAAGGUGCAAGUUUGUUUGUGGGGCAAUUUGCCAAUCUGAAGAAAGAAACCUAAAAAUAUGGGGUCAUGCCUUAGCCUCAAUAGACACUAGUCUAGAUUGGGCCGAAAGCAGCUCAAGUUUUAGUCAGCAAACUAACACACUGUUCUAACGGGCAUUAGCGUGUGAAGAUCUUGAGGGCAUAACCAAUACUAAACUAAAGUUGGAGGUUCGGAUUUAGGGAACCCUAGAAAGUGUCUCAAACUCCAAUAACUCAUGCUGGAAGAGAAAUGGUUCAUUCAUUCAUACAAAACUUCCUUGUGAACAUUCCCUCCAAACAUUCUUGGCAGUGUCACUCGCCAUACUACUAAGAUAAAAAAAAAAAAAAAAAUUAUAAAGUGGAGCGGUGGUGGUGAUAGUCAAUUAUAAUAGAUGAUAAAUAUCAAAGAAUUUAGAAUCUUAAGUUUGAGUUUCGUGAAUCUUAUAUACUCUUUUUUAAGACCCUUUAAUAUCAUUAAUUUAAUUUAAGGGAUAAAAGAGAUAUAAACAUUGAUACAAAAAUUUUAAUGAAAUAUUGUUACAUCAAGAAGUUCAAUAAUAUGGGUUUGCAUACACAUUCAACUUAACCUAGAAAAAACAAUAAAAUCAAAAAUAAGCAAAAGAGAAUCAAUAAAAUAAUGGAUCAACCAAUUUGUGGAGAUAUUUUUCCAAAAAUCAUGGGAUAUUUUCUCAACUUAAAGAUAUGAACAUGUGUUACGGGUUCAAAAUAACAAGUCAGGCGAUUAGUAUAGGUUGAAAACAAACUUACUGUGUUUUAGUUUUGGCAAAGUACCCAACUUUGUUUCUUCUAUUUUUGGCAAAAUUCAAUACAAAUAGAGGGGGGGAAACAACUCUCCUCGCAUUGUCCGUUUGCAAUUUUCUCUUUCAUUUUCUUAUUUGGCCUCUUCUCCAGUCUUGUAACUACUGAGAUGGGCAGUGCUUGCAUUUUUUUUUUCAACCUUUUACUUUGCUGACCACGGACUGAAGUUUCACAGAGAGAGACCGUAUGGUAUAUAAUAUGCACACGCAUAUAUAUAUAUAUAUACAGAGAGAGAGAGAGAGAGAGAGUUUGGGGGUUGGGUGACCAAAUAUAUGCAUUGCCCCUCUCAACGGGGUCGGCCUUGGGUUGGGAAAAAGGCUUACUAGAGAGAGAGAGAGAGAGAGAUCUUGGCUGCACUUUAUUCUCUUCAAAUUCGAUACUUACUUUGCUAUACUGAGAACGAGGUUUACAAGAGAGAACAGUAGAGCCCCCUCUUCUCUCUUCUCUCUCUCUUUCUCAAUCUGCUACAUUGUCUUCUUCUCAAUCAGAAUCUCCUAACAUUACUAACACGCAUCAGUGUUGUCCCUGUCUGUUCGUUCGUCUUUGAGUUUUGAGUCUCUCUAUUCCUUUCUUCUUUCCCCCCCCCCCCCCCCCCCCCUGUUUUCUUCUCUCCUGUACUGCACAUACAAACUAAUGAAAAGACAGAUAAAAUCGCCCAACUGGGUUCUUCCCAUUUGACCCCCUGUUUCCAAACCCAGAAACUCGGAUUUUCUUCUUCCACUCAAUUGUUUUCUCCUUAUUCCCCCGUCAAAAACAGAGGAUUCCGAUUCGCUUCUGCUGAUUUUUCAUAGUUGUGACCUCUUUGGCGUUUUUGUUUUUUUCCCUUUUCAUUUCUUGCAAAUAAAGAUUCUUUUCUUCGUUCUAGGCUCUUCCAAAGAGCGAAAUCGAUAGGGCUGGUAGAAAAAUCCUUGUUUCUGGUUUACACUCAUCGAUUCAAUCACAUCUAUAUGAAGUUGCGAAACAAUGAGUGAUGGAAAUUCCAAGAAAAGCAAGCUUUCAUGGCCUAAGACCCUGGUCAAGAAAUGGUUCAAUGUCAAGAGCAAAGCCCAGGACUUCCACGCCGACGACGUUGCUCACGGAGGUGGUGAUGGAGAGUGGAGGUACAACUACUCAGAGAGGGAGGCAUGCACUAUCAAGAAAAGCAAAACAGUGAGAUCGAGUCGGAGGAGCUCUGAUCGAGCGCGGCGUAGUAAGAUUGAUCUGGAGGCCUCUCAAGUUACAGAUGUGCACAAUUAUAGGAUCUUUGUAGCUACUUGGAAUGUGGCUGGAAAAUCGCCGCCGGAUUAUUUGAAUCUUGAAGAUUGGCUUCAUACUUCACCUCCGGCAGACAUUUAUGUUCUUGGGUUUCAGGAAAUUGUUCCUCUAAAUGCUGGUAAUGUUCUGGGUACAGAAGACAAUGGCCCGGCUAGAAAAUGGCUUGCACUUAUCCGAAAGACGCUAAACACUCUUCCUGGCACAUGUGGUGGUUGCCACACACCCUCGCCAAUUCCUGAUCCUCUUGUGGAACUAGAUGCAGACUUUGAGGGAUCAACGAGACAGAGAGCCUCGUCUUUCUUCCAUCGUCGAUCGUUUCAGUCGUUGAGCCGCAGCAUGAGGAUGGUGGAUAGUGACAUGCCCAUGCCACAGCCCCGACUUGAUCGUAGAUUCAGUGUUUGUGAUCGGGUUAUCUUUGGGCACGGGGAAUGUGAUUAUGACCCGAAUUUCAGAUGGGGUUCAUCGGAUGACGAGAAUGAGGUUGGGGAUUCAGCGGGUGCCAUCCACUACUCGCCCAUCUCAUACAGUGGGACUUUUUCAUCAGAGGACCGGGACAGACAGACAGGGCAAUCAAGAUACUGUUUGGUUGCCAGCAAGCAAAUGGUUGGGAUAUUCCUCACGGUGUGGAUAAAGAGUGACCUAAGAGACUAUGUCCGCAGCAUGAAAGUUUCUUGUGUCGGAAGAGGAUUGAUGGGCUAUCUCGGAAACAAGGGUUCAAUUUCGAUUAGUAUGUCUCUGCACCAAACAAGCUUCUGCUUCAUUUGUAGUCAUUUAACCUCUGGACAGAAGGAGGGUGAUGAACUUCGCAGAAACUCCGAUGUCAUGGAAAUUCUCAGGAAGACAAGGUUUCCACGGGUUUGUGGUAUGGGAGACGAGAAUUCACCUCAAACAAUCCUUGAGCACGACCGAAUUAUUUGGCUUGGGGAUUUGAAUUACCGGAUUGCCUUGUCUUACCGCACCACAAAGGCUCUAGUCGAGAUGUGUAACUGGAGGGCUUUAUUAGAAAAUGAUCAGCUUCGAGUCGAGCAGAGGCACGGGCGUGUGUUUGAGGGAUGGAACGAAGGACAAAUUUACUUCCCUCCCACUUACAAAUACUCAAAUAAUUCAGACAGAUAUGCCGGGGAUGAUAAGCACCCAAAGGAGAAGCGGAGAACGCCUGCCUGGUGCGAUCGCAUCUUGUGGUACGGUAGAGGCCUACAUCAAAUAUCAUACGUUCGCGGGGAAUCCAAAUUCUCAGAUCACAGGCCAGUCUAUGGCAUAUUUUUGGCCGAGGUGGAGUCUAUCAAUCAUAACCGGAUCAAGAAAAGCAUGUGUUGUUCCAGUUCUAGGAUUGAAGUGGAAGAGUUGUUGCCUCACUCACAUGGAUACACCAACCUUAAUAAUUUCUUUUAAGGAAUCCCUAUCCACCCGUCUUCCACGUGCCUUCUCCCAAAACCUCUCGGCUCUUUCAUGGUCCCUCUGAUUCCAGGUUUCUCGCCCCGAUUGGCCGGUAUACAGAGAGAGCCAUAGCAAUGCUCCGGAGCAUCUGUUGCCAACAAAGCAGGAUUGAAGAAAAUUCAGAAAGCUGUGAAAAGUUUCGGGCUUUGUCCAUGUUCAAGCUGAUCUGGCCUGGAAGUUGAGUCAGUUCAACGCAGCAAGGUUGGGAUUUUAUUUCCCGUGUCUAAUUCUUUCCACAGCUUCAUUCAAGUCAACAGGCACCCCCAGCCCAGCAAUUUGUGCAAGUCUCCCCAAGCAUUUGGCAUCAUGCUCUGUGAUUAGGAGGAUGAACUCGUUGUACCCGACAGGGCCAGCUUCAUGGGGCGACGAAUCCAUCCACAAAUUCUUUUCGUGAAAUUAGGGAUUGUUUUGUGUUGAAAUAAGACAAAUACUACCCAUAAAUCCAUCUGGGUAUUCUUUCUUUUUCUUUAUUAUUAUUUUUUUAAAUUCGUGAAAACGUUCAAGGGGCUGUGAUUUGUGUGUGAGUGGCUUCUUUUACGGCUGCUGUAAAUAGUUUUUGUGAACACAAAAGGGAAGAUCAAUUUCAUGGGUAUCUUAGAGGGUUACAUUGAAUAAACUCAUCUAAGCAAAGCUUGUGCACUAAGUUGGCUCCAAAAGAAUUUAAAAAACCUUUUGAGUAGAAGGAGAAGGAGAAGGGGAAGGGGCCAUAAUUCGUUGCUGCUACUAUUGCAUUGCUUUUAAAAGGCGAAAGAUUCAGAGGGAGAGAAGGGACAGGCUUUGGUCUUGGUUACA